CUAUGCAAGAUGCUGAAGUGAAGAACUGGAAAGGAAACAAAACUUACUUCUGGUUUGGCGAUGUUAGGCAAUGCUGUUCCCAUUGAUCAGAGGGUUUCCUUCCUCUCCUUUAAAUUCUCCUCCCACCAGCAUGCUCUUCUCACCAUUCGCUCUCUGAUAGAAAAGUAACAUAAACACAGAGUUAAAGAGGAUCUGAAAAGCUUUACUUGGGUUGUGGGAAAGAAGAAGAUAGAAAAUGGGUUUUAUGUGGGGUGCUUCACUUCUGGUUCUAGCUUUGGUCUCUUCAAUGGCGGUGGCUGACCCGCUAGUUCCAUCACUUACAAUCUUUGGGGACUCGGUUUCUGAUGUGGGAAACAACAACAAUCUCAUCACCCUCAUCAGGGCAAACUUCCCUCCUUAUGGAAGGGACUUCGCUGAGCAUAGACCAACUGGGAGGUUCUCCAAUGGGAAGCUGGCCAUAGACCUCACUGCUGAAUUUUUGGGUUUCGACACAUAUCCUCCACCCUAUCUAAGCGAAGACGAAGCCAGUUUGGGAAGCGUCCUCACUGGAGCCAAUUUCGCUUCAGGUGCUUCUGGCAUGCUCGAUGCGACAGCUCACCUAUAUGGUGCCGUUUCAUUGACAAGGCAGCUCGAGAACUAUAAGGAAUACAGAGCAGGAGUGGAGAGCAGAAUUGGAUUUGAGAAUGCAACCAACACGUUCUCCAAGGGGAUUCAUCUUUUGAGCACUGGAACCAGUGACUUCAUCCAGAACUACUACGUCAAUCCUAUUCUCAAAACCCUCUACACACCUGAUCAGUGGUCUAACAAGCUCAUGAAAUCUUAUGCUAAAUUCAUUCAGAACCUGUACGGGCUUGGAGCGAGAAAGAUUGGAGUGACAACCCUGCCACCAACAGGAUGCUUGCCUGCAGCCAUCACCCUCUUUGGCCACGGAAGCAACGAUUGCGUCGAGAGGCUGAACUGGGAUGCUAGUUCCUUCAACCAGAAGCUGAACACAACUUCCCAGAGCCUUGUACAAGGCCUCCCGGGGCUUACACUUGUUGUCUUCGACAUCUACAAUCCCCUACUGAACUUGAUAAAAAAUCCUAGUGACAACGGGUUCGCCGAGGCGAGGAAGGCUUGCUGUGGAACAGGUGUCCUGGAGACCUCAUUUCUGUGCAAUGCAAUGUCACCGGGGACAUGUUCGAAUGCUACCGAAUACGUGUUCUGGGAUGGAUUCCACCCUUCUGAAGCUGCUAACAAGAUCCUAGCCCAAUCCCUGCUCUCACAAGGAUUGUCCCUCAUAUCCUGAUUCCACAGUUCCAUCAAUACCACAAAGCUCGAUAAGAUAAAAUAAUCAAUUCAUUGUUCUGUGAUUCAAUAAGUGUACGUCACAAUCUGCAACUAAUAUAUCAAAUUCAUUAAUAUAAUGUUUCCACAAGCCUCAAGUCUUGGUAGUACUUUCUUCCUUAGUGUCCAUUCUCCUCAUUCUCGGCUAGGGUUUCCACUAAGGACGUUGCAUCGUGAUACACUCAGUACGCUAUGACAUAUCCAUACGCCGACCAAAUAUUAGCAAGUAAAGCAGCAACAAUCGAGAUCAUCAGGAAUCAGACCGCAAUUAGAAAGCUAAACCAAAGUUUUAUCGUAUUGAAGAGUGGAAACUGAUCAAUUCAGUACCAAUUUUGAGUUUCUGAAACGGACACUUCCAAUCUCUCGAAACAACAAUCGAACGCGCGAUGCCGUGAAUUUCAAGCGGAGAAAACGCGAGGAUGAAAAGCUCACCAGAGAGGUAAGAAAUUCCUUUCCUAAGGUAGAGACGCAAGUCGAACUUUCCGAUAGCAUUCGACGAGCGCAUCGCCGAUGAGAUAUCGCUGGCCGCUCAAAGCAUCCGGCAUCCGGCAUCCGAGCAACUCUUGAUGGCGGGAAAGAAGAAAUGAAGGAAAGGGGUGACCAUUUCUGUAUUUAUACGCUUGUUUAGACUGUACUGGGCUUGGUGUAGUUGGGCUGUUUAGUAAUAAAAGCCCAUUGCGACUCUGUGGAAUAAAGGGCUUUUGUCAUCUCUAAUCAAACUAGCUUUGUUCCCAGCCUUUGGCCGGGUGAGUUUCGUGUUUUAUCUUAUCAGUCAAGUAAUUUGCAAAUAACUAUUUAAUUUGUUAAGUUAAUUUAUUUCGAGAAAAUAUUUGUAGUCUUUUAAUUUAAAUUUAUGAGAUUGUAUCUAAGUGAUUGUUUAUUUUUCAACUAAGCGAUCGACAUUCAUCAUUGAUAGUUAAGUUAGACAUUCAAUUUCUAAUGGUUGGAUAUUGACAUACGACUAAGUGUAAUAUAGGGAAUUUUGAAGA